AACUGUUUAAAAAAUAAUUUGAGUUCAAAAAAUUAAAAUGAAAUGAAAAUCUAAAACCCCGAUUUUCAUCUAGCCGAAGUGCUAAACCCUAGCGAGCCAUCGCCUGAACUCUAAAAAAACAACGCCAAGUUUUCAAUGGCUCAUCGACGGUGCCUCCACUCAGCUCUCCUCCACGCCACGGCUCUCAUUUCUUUGAAGAAGUCGCCGUCACUCUCCAUCGUCAAGGCCUUAACCUCGAAACCAAAUCCGGGGAUAACGACUUCCAAUUUGGAACCCUCAUGGUUUAUCCCUUGGUCCUACAUUCGUCACUUCUCAUCCAGAAAAAGCGACGACAGCGAGAACGAAGCCGAAAUGGAAGAGAGCAGCGAUGGAGAAGGGGAGAGCGACGAGAUGGCGUCGGAUAUGGUUAGAGAUUACUCACCCGAGGAGAAGGAAGCUGAGGCCGCCGCUAUUGGAUACAAAGUGGUGGGGCCGCUCCAGCGGUCCGACCGGGUAUUCAAAGACUAUGAGCCAGUUUUCGCAGUGGUUCAGAUUGGAUCACAUCAGUUUAAGGUGAGCAACGGGGAUUCAAUUUUCACGGAGAGGUUGAAAUUCUGCGAAGUUAAUGACAAGUUGAUAUUGAACAAGGUUCUCUUACUGGGAUCACCUACACAAACAAUUAUUGGUAGGCCUAUACUCCCAGAUGCAGCUGUUCAUGCCGUUGUCGAGGAGCAUGCAUUAGAUGCUAAGGUGAUUAUUUUUAAGAAAAAGAGACGAAAGAAUUACCGUCGAACCAAAGGACAUCGACAGGAACUGACUAAGUUGAGAAUAACGGCUAUACAAGGAAUUGAGAAACCAGAAAUCAAAACUGAUGGGAAGCCACUAAAGGCAGCUGUUAAGAAGCCAGAGAAGAUUGCUGCUACAGCUUAAGAGAGAUUUUCUCCCCAUGGCUUUGUUUUGCAAAAUAAUGGCUGCUUGUGUUUUGAGUCUCGAGGUAAUGCGAUCUUUAUACUAGUGAUGAUUGUACUCCCCAUUCUUCAUUUGAUCGAUGUACAUUUUUUGGAUGUCCUGUGAAGCAUUGGAUUUCUUCACCUUUGCUUUUCUGCACCAAGUGAGAAAAGAAAUAUGCCCCAUGCUAAAUUUUUCUGCUAUUGUAUUUCUUCUUCCUUUCUUUGUAGUAAGUAGCCCAGUAAGUUCGCUAACUUUUAGUUGACAGAA